GGCGCUGUCCGCGGUCUCCAAGUCUGCGAGGCCGCGGUGGGCGCCGAGAGCCAGGCGCCACAGCCCGCGGAGCCCCGUCGCCCCAGGGUCUAUGGAGUGGCCCCUCUGCGCCGCCUGGCCGGCCUCACGCCGCGCCUGGAGUCUGCCCCGCGGCCAGGAGACGCGGGUCCCUGAGCCUGCCUGAAGCAGCCCCAGCGAGAUGGCGGCCCCCUAUCCCGGCAGUGGCGGCGGAAGCGAGGUCAAGUGCGGGGGAGGCCGUGGCGCCAGCGUCCCGUGGGACUUUCUGCCUGGGCUGAUGGUCAAGGCCCCGCCUGGACCCUGCCUGCAGGCGCAGCGCAAGGAGAAGUCCCGUAAUGCGGCGCGCUCGCGGCGCGGGAAGGAAAACCUGGAGUUCUUCGAGCUGGCCAAGCUACUCCCGCUGCCCGGCGCCAUCUCCAGCCAGCUGGACAAGGCGUCCAUCGUGCGUCUCAGCGUCACCUACCUCCGCCUGCGACGCUUCGCGGCGCUGGGGGCGCCGCCCUGGGGCCUGCGGGCGGUGGGACCACCGGCCGGCCUCGCCUCAGGCCGCCGGGGCCCCGCGACGCUGGUCUCCGAGGUCUUCGAGCAGCACCUGGGAGGACACAUCUUGCAGUCCCUGGACGGCUUUGUGUUCGCCUUGAACCAGGAAGGAAAAUUCCUCUACAUCUCAGAAACAGUUUCCAUCUAUCUGGGCCUCUCACAGGUGGAGCUGACUGGCAGCAGCGUCUUCGACUACAUCCACCCCGGGGACCACUCGGAGGUUCUGGAACAACUGGGGCUGCGGACCCCGACCCCCGGGCCCCCCACCCCGCCCUCCGUCUCGUCCUCUUCCUCCUCCUCCUCUUCCUCCUCGCUGGCGGAUGCCCCGGAGAUCGGUAAUUCCAAGGACCCCCCAAAAGAAGGAAGCCCAGAGACCAGCCCUGCGGAGGGGCCCGCCUCCUCCCGGGUGCAGGAGCGCUCCUUCUUCAUCCGCAUGAAAUCCACCCUCACCAAGCGGGGGCUGCACGUCAAGGCCUCGGGGUACAAGCAGGUCAUCCACGUGACAGGGCGCCUACGGGCCCGGGCGUUGGGCCUGGUGGCUCUGGGUCACACCUUGCCCCCAGCCCCACUGGCUGAGCUGCCUCUGCAUGGACACAUGAUCGUCUUCCGCCUCAGCCUGGGUCUCACCAUCCUUGCUUGUGAGAGCAGAGUCAGCGACCAUAUGGACCUGGGGCCCUCAGAGCUUGUGGGCCGCAGCUGCUACCAGUUUGUCCAUGGACAGGAUGCAACCAGGAUCCGCCAAAGCCACCUGGACCUGCUGGACAAGGGCCAGGUGAUGACCGGUUACUACCGUUGGCUGCAGCGUGCUGGGGGCUUCGUGUGGCUGCAGUCUGUGGCCACCGUGGCUGGCAGCGGGAAGAGCCCUGGGGAGCAUCACGUGCUCUGGGUCAGCCAUGUGCUCAGCCAAGCGGAGUGUGGCCAAACACCUCUGGAUGCCUUCCAGCUUCCAGCCAGUGUGCCCUGUGAGGACACAUCCAGCCCAGGGCCAGAGCACACAGAGCGGGAGCCCCCGGUGGAGAGGAAGCAGGUCGUCCCCGCCGACAAGGACGAGGCCCCGCAGACGCGCGGCAAACGCAUCAAGGUGGAACCGGCUCCCAGGGAAAGGCAAGCCCGCGAGGACAGUGGGGACGAGGAGCCCUCGGAACGACCGGCCCCACCGCGACGGGAGUUCACGUCUGUCAUCCGGGCCGGGGCGCUGAAGCAGGAUCCGGUGCGGCCGUGGGGCCUGGCGCCGCCCGGGGACCCCCCACCCUCCCUGCUCCACGCAGGCUUCCUGCCGCCCGUGGUGCGGAGCCUGUGCACGCCCGGCGCCAUCCGCUACGGCCCCGCUGAGCUGGGCCUCGUGUACCCGCACCUGCCGCGGCUGGGCCCCGGCCCCGCGCUCCCGGAGGCCUUCUACCCCAGCCUGGGCCUGCCCUACCCCGGGCCUCCGGGCACCAGGGUGUCGCGGAAGGGGGACUGAGGACCGCGGGGCAGUGGACCUGGGGAGGGCGUGGCGGGGCCAAGCUGUCAGCCCUCUUGAGAAUUAAACGCCCGCCGGGCGGGGCUGGGCACUGGCUCCACCUCCA